AGUGCAAAUCUGUGCAUAGGAACUCAUAGGCAACCUGUUGCUUGCUCCACAGUAGAACCUGUAGCCUACUGUCUCAGGUUAAAAUGGCUUCAGUGGUCCCUAGUCUCGGGAGUAUCAGGAAAUGAAGCAGGUGGAAAUGUGUCAGAUUGCUCUUGAAGUUCCAUCGAUUCGAAAAGCUGGAGUUUUCUUAGGAUCUUAUUUGAACGAAAGCUAUUGACGACAUUUCUUCGGGAGAGCUCAUCUAUUUGGAAUGUUUUAUGAUUGGAAUAAAGCCAGCCUAUAACCUCACAGGCUAAUCGCAAGCUAAUGUUAAUUCUUGUUGGAGCUCUCCUUAAGAUCGGCGACCACUAACCUAGACUCUGCACUAUGGACGAAAGUUUGAAUGACUCAAAUGUAAAGGUUGCUGUACGACUCCGACCAAUGAACAGGAGAGAAAAGGACCUGAAGACAAAAUGUGUUGUGGAAAUGGAAGGCAACCAGACCAUCCUCCACCCCGCCAUGGGGAACAUGGGAAAAGGGGACACUAGGAGUCAGCCAAAGGCUUUUGCGUAUGACUACUGUUUUUGGUCGAUGGACGAAGCAGACACAACAAAGUUUGCAGGUCAAGAUGUAGUGUUUCAGUGUCUCGGGGAAAGUCUUCUGGAUAAUGCUUUCCAGGGCUACAAUGCCUGCAUCUUUGCCUAUGGACAAACAGGCUCGGGGAAGUCCUACACCAUGAUGGGCUCUGCUGACCAGCCGGGCCUGAUCCCCCGCCUGUGCAGCUCUCUGUUUGAGCGUUCGGCCCUGGAGCAGCGGGAAGGGGAGAGCUUCACGGUAGAGGUGUCCUUCAUGGAAAUCUACAACGAGAAGGUCCGCGACCUGCUGGACCCCAAAGGGAGCCGCCAGGCACUGAGGGUGAGGGAGCACAACGUCCUGGGGCCUUACGUGGACGGCCUCUCUCGACUGGCCGUCGCCAGCUACAAGGACAUUCAGUCUCUGAUGUCGGAGGGCAACAAGUCUCGUACGGUAGCCGCCACCAACAUGAACGAGGAGAGUAGCCGCUCCCACGCCGUCUUCAACAUCAUCCUCACACACACUCUCAAGGACCUUAAGUCUGGGACGAGUGGGGAGAAGGUCAGUAAACUGAGCCUGGUGGACCUGGCAGGAAGUGAGCGCGCAGCUAAAACAGGGGCCGCCGGAGAGCGACUCAAAGAGGGGAGCAACAUCAACAAGUCUCUGACCACACUUGGCCUGGUGAUCUCAGCGCUGGCUGACCAGGGCGCUGGGAAGAACAAGUUUGUUCCCUACAGAGACUCCGUGCUCACCUGGCUGCUGAAGGACAGCCUGGGCGGCAACAGUCGCACGGCAAUGGUCGCCACGGUGAGCCCCGCAGCAGACAACUACGAGGAGACGCUGUCCACCCUUCGCUACGCUGACCGCGCUAAGAGCAUCGUCAACCACGCUGUGGUGAACGAGGACCCCAACGCCCGCAUCAUCAGAGAGCUCCGAGAGGAGGUGGAGAAGCUGAGAGACCAGCUGACAGAGGCUGAGUCUUUGAAGGCUCCAGAACUGAAGGAGAGGUUAGAGGAAUCUGAGAAGCUGAUUCAGGAGAUGACCGUCACCUGGGAGGAUAAGCUCAGAAAGACUGAAGCAAUUGCACAGGAAAGGCAGAAGCAGUUGGAGAGUCUGGGCAUCUCUCUCCAGUCCUCCGGUAUCAGAGUGAUGGAGGACAAGUGCUUCCUGGUCAACCUGAAUGCUGACCCUGCCCUCAAUGAGCUGCUGGUCUACUACUUGAAGGAUCACACUCGUGUGGGCUCGGCUAACUCCCAGGACAUCCAGUUGUGUGGAAUGGCCAUCCAGGCGGAGCACUGUGUCAUCAACAUCACCCACGACGCUGGAGUGGUGCUCAGUCCACACAAGAACGCACGCACCUGUGUCAAUGGGGCUCCUAUCACUGUCCCGGUCCAGCUUCACCAUGGAGACCGCAUACUCUGGGGCAACAACCACUUCUUCAGGAUCAACAUGCCCAAGCUGCUGUCCCGUGGCACUGAGGAGGAGGAGGCUGGAGUGAUGAAGGCCGGACUGAGCACGGAGGGACUGGAGGUGGACGUGGACACGGUCAGCCAGGGCUCCAGUGACAUCAGCUUCAACUACGAGUAUGCCCAGACCGAGGUCAUGAUGAAGGCUCUGGGGAACAAUGACCCCAUGCAGGCGGUGCUGCAGACGCUGGAGCGGCGUCACGAGGAGGAGAAGCGCUCGGCUCUGGAGCGCCAGCGGCAGAUGUACGAGCAGGAGCUGCAGCAGCUGCGCAGGCGCCUGACCCCCGAGAAGCAGCCGGCGCAGACGACACAGCCGCCACACCACCGCAGCACCGAGCGCCUCAGCCUGAGCGGACCGUCUGCGUCUGUGCUGUCUCCAGGUGCACAGAGCCGCCUGAGGCAGUGGAGUGAAGAAAGAGAGGCAGUGAUGACGCGCAGCCUGCGGAAGCUGAGGGAGCAGAUAGUUCGGGCUAACCUGCUGGUCCAGGAGGCCAGUUUCAUCGCUGAGGAGCUCAACAAGAGGACAGAGUACAGAGUGACCCUACAGAUCCCCGCAGCUAACCUCAAUGCAAACAGGAAGCGUGACGCGGUGUUGAGUGAGCCGGCAGUGCAGGUGCGGAGGAAGGGCAAGGGCAAGCAGAUCUGGGCCAUGGAGAAGAUGGAGAACCGCCUGGUGGACAUGAGGGAGCUCUACCAGGAGUGGAAGGACUUUGAUGAGGACAACCCUGUGAUGCGUAGCUACUUCAAGCGGGCCGACCCCUUUUUUGAGGAGCAGGAGAACCACAGCCUGAUUGGUGUAGCCAACGUCUUCCUCUCCUGCCUUUUCUUCGACGUCAAGCUGCAGUAUGCAGUACCCAUCAUCAACCAGAAGGGGGAGGUGGCGGGACGCCUACAUGUGGAGGUGGAGCGCGUGAGCGGGGAUCUGGACGAGAGUGAGGUCGGCUCGGAGGAGUCCGACAGAGGCCUCACGGGGGAGGGCCAGGAGAGACAGCUGGUCUGCACGGUAAGGGUCGUGCAGGCCACCGGGCUGCCCCAGCACCUGUCCAACUUUGUGUUCUGCCAGUACCACUUUUGGGAGCAGGAGGAGCCUGUGUUCAUCGCCCCUGAGGUGGACCCGUCCACCCCCCACACACCCAGCAGCAAGGAGCCCCAGUGCCUGGUGGUGUUCGAUAGCAGCAAGGAGCUUGAGGUGGCGGUGACAGAUGACUUUGUGGAGUUUCUGUCAGAGGGGGCGGUGGCCAUCGAGGUGUACGGCCACAAGCUGGCCCACCCCCGCAGGAACCUGGCACUUUGGGACCUGGGGGUCAUCCAGGCCAAGACUCGCUCACUACGGGAGAGAUGGAGCGAGGUGUUGCGCAGGCUGGAACUGUGGGUGCAGGUGCUGGAGCUGAACGAGGGGGGCGAGUUCACCCCUGUGGAGGUGGUGCCCGCCAAGGACGUGCGCACUGGGGGCAUCUUCCAGCUCCGACAGGGUCAGUCGCGGCGUAUUCAGGUGGAGGUGCGCUCCGUGCAGGAGUCUGGAACACUGCCUCUCAUCGCCGAGACCAUCAUGUCCGUUGCCGUGGGCAACGUUGUGGUCCGUCAGACCCGCCCUUCCAAAGGCGGCGAAUCACAGAAAGGAGAAGAGCUGGACAGUUACCAGGAGGCGGACCUGGAGCGCCUAAGGGGUCAGUGGCUGGCUGCUCUGACCCAGAGGCAGGAAUAUCUGGACCAGCACCUGCAGAAGCUGGUGGGCAAACCAGAUAAGUCGGAAGAUGAUGUGGAGCGGGAGGCUCAGCUGCUGGAGUGGCGUCUGACGCUGACUGAGGAGCGGAACGCUGUAUUAGUGCCAUCAGCUGGCAGUGGCAUCCCUGGGGCUCCCGCCGAGUGGAGCCCUCCUCCUGGAAUGGAGACCCAUAUCCCCGUCCUCUUCCUGGAUCUGAGUGCGGAUGACUUCUACGACCACCUGACUCCGUCUCUGGCUGGAGGCCUGGAUGCCUGUCUGAGCGAGGAAGACGAGGAUGAGUUCUUCGAUCUUCAGAUCGUUAAGCACCAUGACGUAGAGGUGAAGGCGGCGGCCUCGUGGGACCCGACGGUGCACGAGUGCGUGGAGCUAAGCCGUGGGGGCGGUGCGGGCCAGAGGGUGUACCUGACGGUGCGCGUAGCCGUUCUGCUGAGUCAUCCGGCCCAGAUGCAGCUGGUGCUGCGCAAACGCAUCUGCGUCAGCCUCACUGGACGACAGGGUUUUGCUCAAAGCUUCCUGAAGAAGAUGUCCCAGCGUAGCACCAUUCCAGGAUGUGGUGUCACCUUUGAGAUUGUCUCCAAUGUACCAGGGGACUCCCAGGGUCCAGAGGACAGGGACAUGCUGGUGCGUAUGGCCGCCAGCACUGACAACCCCCAGUCCUCGGACAGCGAGGCGGCCAUCGAGAAGUACCUGCGUAGUGUGCUGGCCGUGGAGAACAUCCUCACCCUGGACCGCCUCAGACAGGAAGUUGCCGUGAAGGAGCACUUGGCUGCCAAAGGGAAAAUCCGAAGGCGCUGUCUCAGUUCUCCCAGUGUUAACAGGCUCUCAGGGAGUCGCCAGGAUCUCUCCUCCUUCAACCAUGACCCACACAUCAUCAAAAAUCCCUGGGAGAGCCAGCAGGACGUGUCUGCACUCCCGCCCCCUCAACUCAAGAGCCCCACGCCCCCAAACACAAGCCUGCAGAGCAGCCCGGGCACUGACCCAGUCAAAGCCCUGGUCCCCCCCGUGCCCAAGAUGCUCAAGUCCCUGUUCCCCCGCCGAGACGAGAAGAAAGACCUGCGCCCCGCCUCGCUCUCCCAGCAGGUGGAGCCUGAUAGGCCGGAGUUCAGGGACCCUGAGGAAGCAAGAAAUGUUCCUCGCAUUAUAGUACAGUCUGCGAGCCUUGAUGAGAACCUUGGGACUGUAAAAAUAGUCCCCCAGACUCCGGAAGAGGAGCAGAUCCCAGAGGAUCCCUCGGAACCUCCACAUGAAGCCCCCAGCGUUCCAGUCUCCUCCCCUCCACAGAUGGAUGAUGCCGCCUUCAGCUCACUCGACAUGGAGCCGAGCGUCUCAGAGGCAGCUGUCACUGACAUCUCCAUGACAACGGUCAUAGCAGAGGCCUCAGCAGCAGAAGACCAAUCAGAAUCUCUGGAGGCCCUUCCCCCGCCACCAUCUGGCCUGGAGCCGGAGGAACCCACCCCCAGCCCUGUGAGUGACGUGUCUAGUGGCUACAUGUCCACAAGCAUCUCUGUGGGAACCCUGUCUGAAGCACCCAUUUCAACCUCUGGCUCAAAGUCCAGCGUAGCAGACGCAGUAUGGUCCGAGAGCUUUGCCACGCCAACCAAUCAGGAUGACCUAGAGAUGGGCACUCCUCUCUCCCCUCCAAUCAAAACUGCUGACGAUGAUACUGACAAAGAUGAGGUUGAAGAGCCUCAGGUUGGCCAUGGUGACAAAGAUGAGCAGCCAGAGUCAUUAUCAGCUUCAGAGGACCAGAACAAAACAAUCCCACUGCAGAGUUCUCCCACACAGGAGGAACCCACUGAUGUUCCCCCAGUUCCCUCUCUUCUUCCUUCUGAAGCUGAGACUGAUGUAACAUCCUCUUUAGCGUCUCAAGAGGAAUCCCACACCACUAACCUGGACCCUUCCCCCGAAGUAGAGCCCCCCUCCAGCCUUGUUCCUGCCCCAGCAGAAACUCAACCCUCCCCCAGCUCCCCACCCUCCUCUCCCCCCGAGGUGCCCCACUCUGGUACCCUCCAGCCAGAUCCUCCCACAGUCCCUGACACUUCCUUAGAAGUGGCACAGGAACCUAGUCCUCCAACAUCUCCAGCACAACCACAGCCCCCAGCCCUUUCCAAAGAUACACCUACUGCAACUGACUCCCAAAGCCCUCAAAAUGCAGAAGCAGGCAUCUCUCCAAGCCCCUCGCAAGCUUCCUCUUUGACCCAGCAAUCGGAGGCACCAACACAGCCUCCGUCCACCACCAAGCAGGCUCCAACCAAAGCUGCGGCCAUCGGUAACCCUUUCAAAAUCCAGAAGAUCAAGACCUCGGACAUUAAGUCCUUCAAGGGCAUCGUAGACAAGUCCGAAGAUCAGGGAGAGAGUGGCAGUCUGCUGGACAUCUCAGAUCCCCUGGAGAGGCUGGAGAUCAUCUCGGACACGGAGGAAGGCACUGAGGAAAAGGAAGGACCAGAGUGCCCCUUGCCAGACUGGUUGAAGGAAGAUGUGUAUGUAACCGUGGGCACCAAUAAGCAUGGCACUGUGCGCUAUGUAGGACCGACGGAGUUUGCUGAGGGCACCUGGGUCGGUGUGGAGCUGGAUGUUCCAGCAGGGAAGAAUGACGGCUCUGUGAAUGGUCGACAAUACUUCCAGUGCAACCCCGGCUACGGUGUGCUGGUGCGCCCAGACAGGGUCGCCCGGGCAGAGGGCACGGCGAAACGGAAGAGGAAGAAGCGCCACAGCACCAACCUCUCGACAUCCACCAUCAACCUCUCAGGCUCCAGUAACAACUUGUCCCAGUCCACAGCCAACCUAUCCAUCUCCAGCACCAAUUUGUCGGGUUCCAGUACCAGGCUUUCUGCCUCCAACACCAACCUAGCAGCUCUCACUGCCAUGGCAAAGAGGGAAGGGGCUGGUGGAGCCCGUCGGGGUGAGAACAGAAAAUCCUGGAACAGCUAAUUAGAGAACUUUCUGGAAUGACUCUGGAGUGGAUUUUCUGGACUGCUGUGUGUGCCAAUGAAAUCUGGAAUAACUAGAAGAUGCACGUGUGUUUAUGAAGCACUACAAUGCCAAUACUGUUAAUUGGAUCACCAGCAAUUUCAAACCUCAUAGUCGCCAAUAUGUCCUAGAUGAGUCAAAGGAAGCGCUAGCCAAAUGCUUAUCAUUGCCAAUUCUGUUUACCUUCAUGAUUAAACACCAAAUAGGGAUGGAGAUUUGCUUUUAAUCAAAAUAUGUAUUUUAUAUUGUAAUCUCUCAGAAGUGCCUUUAAGACUGCUGUCUGUCUGAAAACAGUCUCAGGAAGUGAUGGCUAGUGAACUUUAUUGAACAUUGUGGGCCUUUGCAGUUAGACUUCUCUACUGAUGCAUUUUGUGGUAUUCUUUUGGAAUGACCAAACACAUACCCACACCCUUCAGAAUGUAAAAUUUAAGAAUACAUACAUGUUUGCACAAGUACAAAUACAAGUAUUUUUUUUAAUGAUCAAUAUUUUGGAUUGGGAAGAGUGAACCAGUAUAUUUUAUAUACAUCAUGGUGUCAUGAAUGUUAUCUAUGAAGGGUGGUAGGUGUGUGUGUGUGUGUGUGUGUGUGUGUGUGUGUGUGUGUGUGUGUGUGUGUGUGUGUGUGUGUGUGUUACUAAAAUAAUAUGACGGUUAAAAUAUUUGUGUGGAUUUACAUUGUUUUCUGUUUUUCAAUGAAUUGUAAAAACAUACUUUUGCCAGACUGGGUUUUAUGUUUGUGUUUUAGUUAUUGCAAGGUGUACGAAUGACAUUGAAAUUGGCAUGGAAUAAAAUCUGUGACGUCUAGCUGUUUUUCUGAUUUAAAAAUAUUACAAUAAAGGUAUCCAGCAGUUUAUUUAUUAAAACAUGA